UUCCCUGAUCAGCUGGCGGCGUUGUUUUGUGGUAUUUUUUUGCUUUUUCUUUAAGGUCACUCUGAGCACGUCUUAUUGGUUUUUUUAUCGCAAUAUUUUGCCGAAAAGGUUUGCUAGAAGGAACAAGAAGGAAAAGCCAGUAACCAAAAGAUGGGCGCCCGACAGUCUCAAUCCCGCGAGCCCCGAUCCGUUUCGAUGGAGAAUCCAACUCCUGCCGGCGUCAUAGAUAUAUCCGAUGAUGUGGUCAAGCGCCUGAAGGCGGGUAUCUCCCAGCAGGCUCGUGAGCACGCCGCGGAGGAUUCGAAGACAUCGCCCAAGGCGACACCGAAGGCAGCACCCAAGCCUGCCCCAGCCACGCCGGUCGCUCCAGCGUCCGCUCCCAAGGUGUCCUAUCCCACGGCCACGCCCAUUUACGUGCAAGGCGGUGGACACACCAUCAGUGCGGCGGAUGUGCAGCGCCAGAUGAACCAGGAGCUGGUCAAGAACGACGAGCUGUGGAAGGAUCGCAUGGCCAAGCUGGAGGAGAACCUUAAAAAGACGAACACCAUCCUGGAGAAGGAGUACGCCAAUGCUGUAGAGAAUGUGCACAAGCGAUUCGUGAACACGGCAGCGGCCCACAAGGUACCUCCCUGCCAGGAAUUCAAGUCCCAGCUGCUCGCCUGCUACCGUUCGCAUCCCGGCGAGACGCUCAAGUGCAUGGAGGAAGUGGCCCAGUUCCGGCAGUGCAUUGACCAGCAUCGCGUCCAAAAGCUGGAUGCCGAGCCCGUGGCCCCAAAAGCGGCCUCAAAGGCCACAGUUCCCGUUGCCAAGGCGGGCUAGGAGACUCUUUAUAAUUCGUUGUCCUGAGUUGAUGAUCUGUUCUUGAAGGCCUUCUACGGGUUUUUGUAUAAAUGAAUUGAUGGAGCGAACACAACGCGACAUCAUAAGCGAGGAAAGUGUCAUGGCGAGCAAUAGUAAACUAAUUUAAAUGAA